AUGGCACGCGUGGGACCGCAGGCUGUGAAUGCCAAGAAAUUAACAGAGGAUUUGGUCAGCCAUUUUAAACGUUACCAGGACGUCGCGCGAUUUUGGGGCGGGAGGCCGGUCGGGGAGCGUUGGAACUUCAGCUGGUUCAAGUUCAAGCCACAGCGGGUGGGUAUUACCAUGGACUCCAGCGGUGGAUUCCUCGAAAGUAGCCGGCUCUUGGAACAGCAGAUUCAACAGCUGCUGCAACUGCUACAGCACAGUAGUGAUGGCAUUCGAAGCACCUUGGCCAAGCAGAAGGAGCUCUGGCCGGAGACAAGCUGCGUCGACGGUGAGCAAUACACCGCGUGCAGCCAGGAUGCGCAAGGAGGUGAUUUCCUGCAACUCCCUGGAGAGUUGGCGCCAGGCACUUCUGGCUUCACUCCUGUGCUGCCCGUCUGCGGCCCCACGUCUCCUGCCCGGGCCACUGGCGCCACGGGACGUGCGACGGCGUCAGCGGCGUCGGCGGCGUCGGCGGCGUCCUGCGCGAUGCACCGGCGGACCGUGCAGCUGGCGGUGUCGCAAGUGGAAAGCGAGGUGAAGGAGGUGGAUCCCAGUCAGAUGGUGUUUAUCGAUGCCAAAGCCUUGAAGAAGAAACUCAAGGAGGAUCUGUGUAAGGAGAGCUACGACGUUUCCAGACUCUACCACACUGAAGGCUUUUGUCAACGGAUUGCUCGCAGCCGAAUCUUUGAAGCGAUCGUCUUCGUGGUGCUGUCCAGCAAUGCCAUAUGGACAGGUAUCGAAAUGGAACUGGACGGAGCCACCAUGAUUCACGAAGCGCAUCCGGCGAUCAUCGUCGUUGAGAAUCUCUUCGUGCUGUUCUUCAGCAUGGAACUGGGAAUCCGUUUCGGUGCCUUCCGUAGGAAGCGUGAGGCCUUCAAGGACGGAUGGUUUGUAUUCGAUGCAGUUCUGGUCUUCCUGAUGUGGUCAGAGACGUGGUUCCUGAGCAUCUGCCUCGCUAUCUUUGCCCCAGAAGCCACCUCCCCAGGUUUCCGCCUCAUGCGGCUGAUGCGCUUCACACGUUUGGCACGGAUGGCACGCUUGCUGAGGAGCAUUCCUGAGUUGCUCAUCAUCGUGCGUGCCAUUGCCAUUGCCCUCCGUUCAGUGUUCUUUCUGAUGGUGCUGCUCUUGGGCCUUGUUUAUCUGUUUGGCUUGCUCUUCACCCAACUAUUGGAUGGCAAGAACCAACCGCCAGGCUCCUUGGCCUACGACAGCUUCAGAAGCCUGCCGCAAUCGAUGAAUACCCUGCUGUUGGCGGGCGCUCUCCCCGACCAAUCCAGCCUGGUGGAGGAUGCCGGGAAAACCCACCCCCUGCUCUAUCCCCUGAUGCUUCUCUAUAUGCUGCUGGCAUCAUUAACGGUCAUGAAUAUGCUGGUGGGGAUUCUCUGUGAGGUGGUCACAGUAGUCUCUGCGGUCGAGAAGGAAGAGAUCCUGCUGAAAUCUGUGAAGUCCUUGUUGAAGCAGUUGCUACUGGAUGCGCAAGCCGACGAAGAUGGCGAUGGCAGCAUUUCACGAAAAGAGUUCGAUCAAAUGUUUCUUGGAGCGGAUGAAAAUUGGUGAUGCCGCUCUGUCAUACAGUGCAUAUAAGAAAUAUGACAUAAAGGAAGGAUGCCAGAAAGAAAGUAACAAAGAAAAAAAAACGAAAAUAAAGAAGGCAACCAACAAAAAUAAAGAAAAAAAGAAACAAAAAAAAAUAACAGAAAAAAAAUAAAGAAAAAAAACAUUUUUUCCAAAGAUAAAAGGAACCACGAUAAGCCGGCGUGUGAGUGGAUCUCAAAUGGACUUUGCCUGUGUGCAAUUCAGGCCAUCUCCAAAAUCCCAACUGUCGGUCCCUCCAAAGCCCGCUCAUGGUCCUGCAGCAUGCUGUUGAUUUGGAAAU